GCAGAGGCUGGGGACAUGGCUGCACUGGCUCGGAGCGUCCUGGUGACAGGGUCCAGCCGGGGCAUCGGGCUGGAGCUCGUGCGGCAGCUGGCCGCCAGCCCCCGGCCCCCCCAGCACAUCUUCGCCACCUGCCGCGACCCUGAGGGCCCCAGAGGGAAGGCCCUGCAAGACUUAGCUGCCCAGCAUUCCAGCAUCAAACUGGUCCAGCUAGACACAGUGAAUUUGCCCAGCAUCCAAAGGGCCAUGCAGGCUGUGGGGAAUCAUCUGAAGGACCAGGGCUUGAACCUGCUCAUCAACAAUGCAGGCAUCAGCUCCCAUGCCACACUGUGCUCCCUGGACUCGCAGGAGAUGCUCGACGUGUUUGCCACCAACGUGGUUGGGACACUCCAGGUUGUCAAGGAAUUUCUGCCGCUCCUGGAGCAGGCAGCGAAGGGAGAGGGAAAGGAGGGUCUGAGCUGCAGCAGGGCUGCUGUCAUCAACAUCUCCUCCAAGCUGGGCUCCAUCGGGCUGUGCCUCCACGUGCCACAGGCCCCCAUGUACCCGUACCGGGCCAGCAAGGCUGCCCAGAACAUGGUGACAAGGUGCUUGGCUGCAGAACUCCAGGACAAGGGGAUCUUGUGCGUGGCCAUCCAUCCUGGCUGGGUGAAGACUGACAUGGGCACACAGGAGGCACCACUGACAGUGGAGCACAGCGUGAGGGGCAUCCUGACUGUGCUGGCCAGCCUCUCACAGGACACCUCUGGAGCCUUCCUCGACUGGGAAGGGAACAGCCUGCCCUGGUGAUGGACAGAUGGACAGCGCCUCUUGCCCAUACUGCAGCCUCUGCUUGA